AUGAAGACUAUGUCCAAAUCGUCUUUGCGUUUGCAUUUUCUCUCGCUACUCUUACUUUGUUGUGUCUCCCCUUCAAGCUUUGUCAUUAUAAGAUUCAUUACACAUAAUCAUUUUGAUGGUCUAGUACGUUGUCAUCCCCACAAGUUUCAAGCCCUUACGCAGUUCAAGAACGAGUUUGAUACCCGCCGUUGCAACCACAGUAACUACUUUAAUGGAAUCUGGUGUGAUAACUCCAAGGUGCGGUCACAAAGCUACGACUACGGGACUGUCUCAGUGGAACUCUCAAAUCAAACAGUAGCCUCUUCCAGUUUCAUCAUCUUCGCUACCUUGAUCUCUCUCACAACAACUUCACCUCCUCUUCCCUCCCUUCCGAGUUUGUUUCCCACUUUGCGGAAUCUAACCAAGCUCACAGUUUUAGACCUUUCUCAUAAUCACUUCUCCGGAACUUUGAAGCCCAACAAUAGCCUCUUUGAGUUACACCACCUUCGUUACCUUAAUCUCGAGGUCAACAACUUCAGUUCCUCACUCCCUUCCGAGUUUGGCUAUCUCAACAAUUUACAGCACUGUGGCCUCAAAGAGUUCCCAAACAUAUUCAAGACCCUUAAAAAAAUGGAGGCUAUAGACGUAUCCAACAAUAGAAUCAACGGGAAAAUCCCUGAGUGGUUAUGGAGCCUUCCUCUUCUUCAUUUAGUGAAUAUUUUAAAUAAUUCUUUUGACGGUUUCGAAGGAUCAACGGAAGUUUUAGUAAAUUCAUCGGUUCGGAUAUUACUUUUGGAGUCAAACAACUUUGAAGGAGCACUUCCUAGUCUACCACACUCUAUCAACGCCUUCUCCGCGGGUCAUAACAAUUUCACUGGAGAGAUACCUCUUUCAAUCUGCACCAGAACCUCACUUGGUGUCCUUGAUCUAAACUACAACAACCUCAUUGGUCCGGUUUCUCAAUGUUUGAGUAAUGUCACGUUUGUAAAUCUCCGGAAAAACAAUUUGGAAGGAACUAUUCCUGAGACUUUCAUUGUCGGUUCCUCGAUAAGGACACUUGAUGUUGGAUACAAUCGACUAACGGGAAAGCUUCCAAGGUCUCUUUUGAACUGCUCAUCUCUAGAGUUUCUAAGCGUUGACAACAACAGAAUCAAAGACACAUUUCCUUUCUGGCUCAAGGCUUUACCAAAGUUACAAGUCCUUACCCUAAGUUCAAACAAGUUUUAUGGUCCUAUAUCUCCUCCUCAUCAAGGUCCUCUCGGGUUUCCAGAGCUGAGAAUACUUGAGAUAUCUGAUAAUAAGUUUACUGGAAGCUUGUCGUCAAGAUACUUUGAGAAUUGGAAAGCAUCGUCCGCCAUGAUGAAUGAAUAUGUGGGUUUAUAUAUGGUUUACGAGAAGAAUCCUUAUGGUGUAGUUGUCUAUACCUUUUUGGAUCGUAUAGAUUUGAAAUACAAAGGUCUAAACAUGGAGCAAGCGAGGGUUCUCACUUCCUACAGCGCCAUUGAUUUUUCUAGAAAUCUACUUGAAGGAAAUAUUCCUGAAUCCAUUGGACUUUUAAAGGCAUUGAUUGCACUAAACUUAUCGAACAACGCUUUUACAGGCCAUAUUCCUCAGUCUUUGGCAAAUCUUAAGGAGCUCCAGUCACUAGACAUGUCUAGGAACCAACUCUCAGGGACUAUUCCUAAUGGACUCAAGCAACUCUCGUUUUUGGCUUACAUAAGUGUGUCUCAUAACCAACUCAAGGGUGAAAUACCACAAGGAACACAAAUUACUGGGCAAUUGAAAUCUUCCUUUGAAGGGAAUGUAGGACUUUGUGGUCUUCCUCUCGAGGAAAGGUGCUUCGACAAUAGUGCAUCUCCAACGCAGCACCACAAGCAAGACGAAGAAGAAGAAGAAGAACAAGUGUUACACUGGAAAGCGGUGGCAAUGGGGUAUGGACCUGGAUUGUUGGUUGGAUUUGCAAUUGCAUAUGUCAUUGCUUCAUACAAGCCGGAGUGGCUAACCAAGAUAAUUGGUCCGAAUAAGCGCAGAAACUAG